GUCAGAAAGAGACACGGAGGAGUUCAGAACCACUGGGAUUAUGACAAGUGACCUCUGCGUUCUGGGCCCGGAUGCACUCACUGACGGGAUUUAAUCUCACUGACAGAUUGAGAGAGAGCCGGUGCUGACACAAAGGCGGAGGAGCCGAGCAGGGAAUUGUCUGCUGUGAAGGAGCACGUCUGGCUUUGUGACUCAGCAGAGAGCAGACCUUCACAUUGCAUUCCAAUGAUGGAGAAGAGGAGGAUCGGCGCCGCCCUGGUGCUGGGGAUGGUGCUGGGACACCUCACCGCAGCGCUUGAGGUCCCAUUGGACUUGCCGCAGCCGCCGACAAUUACUCACCAAUCCCCCAAGGAUUACAUCAUUGACCCACGAGAGAAUGUCAUAAUCCACUGUGAGGCGAAGGGCAAACCUCAUCCCAGUUUCUCCUGGACUCGGAAUGGAACCCACCUGGACGUGGAGAACAGUCCCAACAUAAGCAUGAGGGGCCACUCGGGGACCCUGGUGAUGGACAUCACUCGGGAGAAGGACGACAAGUACGAGGGGGUUUACCAGUGCACCGCCCGGAACCAGCAUGGAACCGCUGUUUCCAACAACAUCGUCGUGCGACAGUCCAUUGCUCUUACCAUCUUCAGAGCUCUGCUGACAGGAUCGCCCUUGUGGUCAAAGGAGAAGAUCAAGCCAAUCGUGGUUCAGGAGGGGGUGUCCCUGGUUUUGCCUUGCCGACCUCCUGCUGGUCUUCCACCUCCCAUUAUUUUCUGGAUGGACAACAACUUCCAGAGGUUGCCUCAGAGCAGCCGAGUGACCCAGUCUCUGAACGGUGACCUUUACUUCGCCAACGUGCUGCGGGAGGAUACCAGGAACGACUACAUCUGCUACGCCCGCUUCCCGUACACGCAAACCAUCCAACAGAAACAGCCAAUCACAGUCAAGGUCCUCAACCUGGAUGCAAUCAAUGACACAAUGGCUGCUUUUUACAAUGACACUGAUUUGUUCAGUGAAGCUCCAGUGGACGACAGGAGACCGACCUUCCUGAUCCCGACUGAACCCUCCAGCUCACACUUGGUCUUAAAAGGCCAGACGCUGGAGCUGGAAUGUAUUGCUGAAGGACUCCCCACUCCAGAAAUCUCCUGGACCAAAUUGAGCGACGAGCUCCCGGCAACACGCACAUCCUUCCUGCACUACCAGAAGACGCUGCGCAUCGUGAACGUUUCGGAAUCCGAUGCUGGUGACUACCGCUGCACAGCCAAGAAUCCACUGGGCUCAGUCCACUCCACCAUCCAUGUCACGGUGAAAGCCGCUCCAUACUGGCUGAGUGGUCCUCCCAGGAACCUUGUUCUGGCUCCAGGAGAGACCGGAGUGCUGACCUGCAGGGCCGGUGGCAUCCCUAAGGCUGCUAUUAAAUGGUCGAUGAACGGACUACCCAUCGAGAACGCACCCCCAGACCAGAGUCGUAAAGUGGAGGACGACACCAUCAUAUUCACUGAUGUGCAGUCUGGGUCCAGUGCUGUGUACCAGUGUAACGUCUCCAAUGAGUUUGGUUACCUUCUCGCCAACGCAUUUGUCAACGUCCUCUCGGUGCCUCCCAGAGUGCUGAUACCGUCCAACAAAGUGUACCAAGUCAUCAGAAAUCACAGAGCGCUGUUAGACUGCACGUCCUUCGGCUCACCCAUCCCUAAAAUUACAUGGUUUAAAGAGAGUCGCUCCGGCACACUGGAUGGAGACAAUCACGUCGUCCAUGACAACGGCACUCUGGAGAUUCACAUCGCUCAAGCACGAAACAGCGGCAAAUACACCUGCGUGGCGCGGAACUUUCUGGGUAUCUAUGAGAAUCACGUCUACCUGGAGGUCAAAGAACCAACCCGGAUCCUGAAGCAGCCGGAGUAUCGAGUGGUCCAGAGGGGCAGGUCCGUGGUGUUUGAGUGUAAGGUGAAACACGACCCGACGCUGGAGCCCACUAUGACCUGGCUGAAAGACAACGAUGAGCUCCCAGAUGAUGAGAGACUCAUAGUGGACGCCGACAGCCUCACCAUAACUGAUGUGAUGGAGAGCGACGCUGGAAUCUACACCUGUAUCAUGAACACCUCGCUCGAUCAGGACUCUGCCAGCGCUGAGCUCACCGUCGUGGAGGCCACGCCCACACCAGCGGUUGUCUACGAGCGUCCUGAACCCCCCACCGACCUCGAACUGACAGACCAGAAAAAAAGAAGUGUUCAGCUCACAUGGACUCCUGGAGAUGAGCACAACAGUCCCAUUCAGAAAUUCCUGAUCCAGUACGACGAUGCGCUCCACCACCGAGGCCACUGGCACAAUCUGACCGAGGUCCCUGGAUCCAAAACCACAGCUCACCUAAAGCUGUCUCCGUACGUCCACUACACCUUCCGAGUUCUGGCCCUGAACUCCGAGGGCUUCAGUCGACCCAGUCUACCCUCCAGGAUGUACAAGACUGACCCCGCAGCGCCUGAUGAAAAUCCAACUGGUGUGCACGGGUUUGGAACAGAACAUGACAAUCUUGUAAUCCGGUGGAAGCCGCUGACAGGCCUCCAGGCUAAUGGUCCAGGACUUCACUACCGGGUGAUGUGGCGGCAGAAGAGGAUGGACAGUGAUUGGACUGCUGAGACGGUAGCCAACCGCUCCCAGUUUGUUGUUUCUGGAACGCCCACAUUUGUGCAGUACGAGUUCAAAGUUCAGGCAGUCAACGACUUUGGUUCUGCACCUGAGCCUGCUGUCGCCCACGGAUACUCUGGAGAAGACUUGCCACUCGUAGCGCCGGGAAACGUGCUGGUGCGCGUGAUCAACAGCACUCUGGUGGAGGUGCACUGGGAUCACGUUCCGCGUAAAUCGAUCCGAGGCCAUCUCAAAGGAUACAAGGUCUACUACUGGAAGGAGCGAAGUCUCCACAAACACAACCCCCACCACAUGGAGAAGCAGAUCCUGACCUUCGGUGCAAACCACACGCGUGGCAUGCUGCCCGGCCUGCACCCCUUCAGUAUCUACUCAUUUAAUGUCAAGGUCUUCAAUGGUAAAGGAGAGGGGCCGGCAAGUCCCACCCAGCAGUUUGAGACACCGGAAGGAGUGCCUGGUGCUCCAUCAACCCUCUUGAUCAACCCCAAUCUGGACUCCAUGACCCUGGAGUGGGGUCCUCCUCAGGAUCGAAAUGGUGUCAUCACUGGAUACACGCUUAAAUAUCAGCCAGUCAAUACCUCCAAUGAGCUGGGCCCAGUGGAGGAGCUGGCUCUGCCUGCCAAUGAGACCUCAGUCACUUUGCUCAACCUCAAGCACAACACUCGCUACAAGUUUUAUUUGAAUGCCAAAACACUCAGGGGAGAGGGUCCGGCCAUUUCACAGGAGGCCGUCACCAUCGUGGAUGAAGCGCCCUCUGACAGUGCUUUUGGGAACAUUAGCAUGACGAUGCAAGAGGACGGGGCCUUGAUCAGUUGGGAGUACUUGGGCCCGGAGAAAAACAUAUAUUUACAAUACGCAGAGAAAAGCAGUGAAGGUGAAGCGCAGUGGCGGAAAGAGCACGUAAACAGCUCGCAGAACUUUAUACUCAGGGGCUUAAAGAAAGGGCUCUCCUAUCGUGUGCGUUUGGUGGCUGAAGGUCCCUCAGACCAGGAGCCCUACCUCUCUGAGGAGUUUCUGGUGACGGUCCCAGGUGAGGCAGCUGUGACCAGCAGACAGGUGGACAUCGCCACUCAGGGUUGGUUCAUCGGCCUCAUGUGUGCCAUCGCACUCCUCAUCCUCAUCCUCCUCAUCAUCUGCUUCAUUCAGAGGAAUAAAGGCGGGAAAUACCCCGUAAAAGAAAAGGAGGACGCACACACCGACCCGGAGUUCCAGCCCAUGAAAGAUGAAGACUGCACCUUUGGGGAAUACAGUGACAAUGAGGACCAUAAACCGUUAAAGGGGAGCCGCACGCCGUCGAACGGGACAGUUAAGAGAGAGGACAGUGACGACAGUUUAGUUGACUACGGGGAAGGAGGAGACGGACAGUUCAACGAGGACGGCUCCUUUAUCGGACAGUAUAGCGGAAAGAGCACCAGCAGGGACACCGCUGAGGGCCAUGAGAGCUCAGGACCCCCCUCGCCUAUUAAUGCCAUGAACUCCUUGAACUCUUUUGUGUGAGCCGGCCUGGUGUCGGGCCAGCAUGAGGCGACGUGCUGACCACACUGGGCUGUCUCCGCACAUGCUUGGCUCCUCACUCGCAUCCCCUGCGCAACGCAAACACUCGUCAAAGAAUUUCUCUUUGGAGCGGUUUAAACAGAGCAUGACCCUCCAGUUUCUCUAUUAACCAUGCAACUUCUGCUCAACUUUUUCACAUCACUGACUUAAAUCAAUCUCAGCCACAUUCUGAUUUUGGAAAGUAAUGCCAGCGCAGACUUAGUCACCGCAGCAGCUCUGUAGGAAGAAUCACAAAAGCUGCAUGGCAUGUCACGUGACCCAUGAACUCUGACCUGCAUGUAACCUGCAUAUGUUGAUCUGGAACCCUCCCCAGAAGUCACAGAAUCUCACGCCACACCAAGCAUUUUCCUGUUACGCACCCGAUCUCUCCAUCGCUGGUGAUGUUGCCCUUACAGGAAAUCAAAAUAGAAAACGUCAUGAAUGUUUUUAUGGUUGGUAUUUACAAAAACAAACAGCAAUGAUGGGCAACAUUUAACAUUAACGCAUCAUCCAGCUGGCACGGAAUACAAUUUUUAUGUCCCAAUAUGAGUUAACAGACCUGUAUUCUCACUACCCAAUAAGUGUGCUUUUCAAGAGCCUUGAAGCAUCGGAAAUGAUUUUCUCAUUGACAUUCAUGAGGCGGCGAGAGGUAACGGGCGUCUCCACGUUAAUGCCCGGUGUAAAGGAGAUUUGUGUGCGAUCGUUGCCUCGCAUCCAACGGUGCUGCUGGGUCACCUUCAGCGGCGAGUGCCUUUUAUUAAACAGGAAUGCCAUUUUUACUUACCUACAACUCAGUGUCUUCAGGGAGGAUCCAACGGCGAAAAUCACAAUCGAUUCAGCUUCAGUGGAGGAAACGAAUCCAUAAAACCGUGUACAUAGUUAUAUAAUGCUUCAACACUCGCCUUCCUAACUGGUACCUUUUUUUGAGAAUCUGUAAUGUUCAGUAUCUGAUUGUAUUUCUGGAGUGUGUGAAUGUAUGAACUGUCUGUGAUUGUGUAGGCAUGCGAGACAUUUCUCUGAGGCACUGUACAUUUAUACUAACCACACUUGAGGGCCUUUGGGUGGGAUCAAGAUUUCUUUGCUCUUAACUUGCAUCAAGUUUUACUUUUUUAAAGACUGUAGAAUAUAUGUUGAAUUUGUAAAUACUUUAAGUAAUUGUACAGGGACAAGCAGCGUACAAGAGGCAGCCCGAGAGGUGCAUGACACAGUUAAAGCCUGUUUAUAGGUCUGUAUCAAAUAUAGGUGACUUGUAGAGAGUAUAUAUAUAUAUAUAUAAUUUUUCUCCUUGCUGUGCACCGUGUACAUUUCAUUGUAACUAAAAUGGACAGAAAAAUGCAUUGGAAUUCUGAAUUUAUUUUAGAGUUGAAAAACUUGGUCAGGAAGGGCGACAUGUUGGGUUUGCCGACGCAGGACAUCGAGUGUACUACGCUGUUUCAGAUUUCUGCCAAUCCUAUUUUCUGACAGUAUUGCCAAUGUUUUUGUUUUAUUUAAAUGCAGAUUUGUACUAACAAUACUCUUCCUCUGUUUCUAUUUAAGUUCCUCUCAGUUUUAGUGCAAGUAUGGAAUUCAAGCUACAGGAAAUAUAUCGACUGAAUAAAUAAGUAUCUGCUUUCAUUUGUGUUGGACUCUUUACUGACAGUACGGAUGCCCAGACUGAGUGGAACAUAGUGAUGGGUAGAUGAGGUUUCAUGAAACAGUGUCCUGAUUUUCUGAGGCCACCAGGUGGCGCUGUCUGCUGUAAAAUGUUUGGACUCUUAACUAUUUCAAUAAAACACAUCAUUUCUGAACCAAGAGUGCCAUCUAGUGUCCCCUGAAAAUGUGGACACUGUUUCAUUUACCCUGUAAUACUGUUUCAUGAUACCUCAUCUACUCAUCACCAGUGGCCUGAAUGUUGAAGGGCUACAGAUAAGGUGGGAAAGAUGAAAAGUUCGAAGCAGCCACAAUGUAGUCAUCCGAUAUACGGUACAUACCACUGCUGCAGUACAUGAUAGAAUCGCUCUUAUCCAAGCCUGGAACUAGAAUUGACGGACCAGAAAUCUGAAAUCAAAGCAGACACACUCUGUGAAACAAACAUAACCGAGGAACUCAGGCACAGAGAUUUAAAAAAUGUAAUUUAACUUGCCCUGUAGA